CAAGUUCUGUCCCCAUGCUUUGAGAGGUGUACCUCAUAAAAUACAUGUGACGUGUAUGUGGCAGUGCAAACAUUGUCCCACCAGAGAGAGUACAAGGUCUCCACCAUGAGCCAUCCUAUGAGACUGAGGAUCAUUCUAGGUGAAAAUGAUUCCAGAAAGCUAAUCCUGCCAGCAGGGAAACCAGGCUCCGUGGAAGAAUUGUACCAGACUAUAAAGACAAGUUUUGGUAUAGAGCAAAACUUCCGUCUUCAAUAUGAAGAUGAUGAUUUUGGAAAGGAGUUCAUAAAUCUGUCUGUGAUCUUUGAAAUUGAUGACAUAGCGACUUUAAAGGUGAUCUACUUGCAAAGUUCUUCAGAAGAUGACUUGAUACGUCAACCUCAAGCAGUCCAGAGCCUUACUGAUUCCUCAUCAGUCUCCUCGGUUGACACGGAUAAUACAGAGCCUGCUUCAUCAUCAGGGUCAUCGCCAUCUACACGGCUGUGCAAGUGGCCAAGUGUCUUUACAGUCCCUCCAUUCAACUAUGAGUCUGAACUGCAACUGGAAACAGCCAAUGCUGAAUGCAAUGCUAGUGGAACUUAUUUGAGCCCACCACCAAAGCUGAAAUCUCACAUUUUGGAACGACUGUCUGAAGACAUUAUUAAAUUCAAAGCCUAUCCAACUGACAAGGAUCUUAAUGACGUUGCAGAAGCACUUGUAAAAAAGCAUCCCUGUCUGAGAGAGCAAGGAUCCUUCAAUGGCUGUUAUGGCUGGAAGAUAAGCCUUAAAUACAAAAUGGCCAACCUCCGGUCGAAACUGAGAGGCCUAGGAUGCCCUGAAGUGACGAUAAAUUCACUAAAGAACAAGAACCAAGACAAGCGCUUGGCAGCAUCGAAUGUCAAAAAACCCAGAAGGGCAGAAGUCAAUUACUGUCCACAGCAUCCAAAAGGAGAAACCACUGAGAGUCUGGAGAUGGGCAGGGUCACACUGCUUUCAGAAAUCAAGAAGAGGAACAAUGAGCAUAUCGUGAAGUUGAAAAUGGAGAAGACUUUCUCAUACAGGAGGCAAGAAAUCCUUAAAGGAGAGCCUUUGAUUGCAGACUUCAAGAGCAGAUGGCCAGCUCUGUUCACUGCGAAAGAGAUCGAUAGGGAGUUCCAUCGCAUAUCAACUUUACCUCUAAUUUCUACGUUCUGUGCUGCUCUUGACCAGUACUCUCCACGUCUGAUGGAGAUAUUUGAAUGCAAAGGUGGAGCAGCUGGAAGAAAAAUAAGAAAUGUCAUGGUGGAGACUUCCAAGGAUGACACAAUUCAAACAAGACGAGCAUGUGUCCUCAAGUCCUUGUGCAUCUACUUGAACGAAGACAACGAGAAACUUGUGAAGUAUUAUAAGAACACAGACGUCGAGGCCAGUGCUUCCAUGGAGCAAACUGUGAUGGGGGUGUAUGUCAUACGGAAGGAGGGUGCGGAGCCUGAAGAUAAGCCAGAGGACAUUGGUGUCCUGAUCGAAGGUGUGGAGGUCCUCCGUGAGUUAGGAAAUAUUGGGGACGCCUGUGCAUUGUUAUUUGGACUAAUUUACUGUCUGAACCUGAGUUACCCAGCAGACCUCAAAUGCACCUUUGAGGUGAUGCAGAAGAUUCUCAUGAAUCUGGAUGGGCAGAGGUUGUCGUCCAAGGCACAAUUCCUAAAAAACAAGCUAAUGAAGUAAAGUUGCUAAGUAAAAGUCUACUAUGCAGAUUUUUUUGUUUUUUGCUUCUUAGUCUUCACAAGUUCUUUUAGUUUACAAGUUAAAAAAUCUUUUAACAGGACUAAAAUAUUUCUACUUCUGGAGAAGUACAAAAAUGUUGAUUACAUAAGAAACUGUUGAGUUUAAAGAUGUUCCGAUACCAGUUGUUUCUUGCCAAUUCCGCAAAUACAGAUCUCAUACCAGUGUUUUAAAAUGUAUACAUUUCAUUGUUUAACAGCCGUACUACCUGUAUUUAUGUGACCAGUAUUAAAAUUGUUCCCAGUUUAUUAAA